AUGGUGAACAAGAUCACGUAUUCACGGCGGCAACCCGAUAAGCGGCGCCUUUCCUUCGAUUUUGAUCAAGUUCGUGAGAAUGACGACGGCCGCAAGCGGACCAAGACGGCUCACGGAUCAGAUGAAGUUCAGUUUGUGACGUCGGCUUCAAAACCACAGGCUAAGAAGCCGCUUGUGUCGAAGAAAAGCGCAUUUGGUGGACCCGUCUCCAUACCAGAUGAUGCCGAUUUGGAAACUUCACCUAGAAGCGUCAACAGACUUUCGGUUUUCGACAAAGUCCUGAGUAAUGGAAGGCAUCAACCUGAAAAGACAGAUGAGAAUAGUCUCUGGACCACUAAGCAACAGUUUUCAGAGAUGAUGAAGAUCGGACAGAGGUCCAGAGAGCACAACGACCAGAAGAACAAACGCUAUCUGCCUACGCCACCAGCCGAGGUUCAGAGAAAAGGGCACGAUGAAGUGCAGGAGGACGAGAGUUUUGUACGGCUGAAUGGAUAUGUUGAAAAAGACAGGUUGAACACGCCUGAGACAUCACCUACUCCUUCAACGCGAACCUUUCAGCUGUCUGGACAAGCCCGCAGGAAUGCGCCAAGAGAGCCUUAUCAACCGAGGGCCUACAAAGCCUUACUAACUCCCGCACCACGUGAGAAGAUCAGCGGGUCACUACUAUCAAGAGAGUCUCGUGAAACCCAGUUAUGGUCGACGAACCAAGUCAGCUCACCGUUCUUGCAGCUCCCGCAAAAUGUCCGGGAUAUCAUCUACAGAUAUACACUAGGCGGCAAAACAGUCAACAUCAACUAUGAGACCUACCGGAUAACCUUCGACCCCACGAGGCCUCAGGUGGCGAAGAAAGUUACGCCUGUCUUCAAGUAUCAUUGCACAGUCAUUGAUGGCAAGAUGAAUCCUUUCCAGGCGGCCGCCAAGCCGUAUAUCAAGAUACGCAAGAGCUUCACUCUACUCAACAGCGUAUGUCGGCAGUUGUAUGUGGAGACUGCGACUCUGCCAUAUAAACUCAACAUGAUGUGCUUUAGCUCACAUAACAUCAUGGUCAACUUCCUGCUCAUGGAGAAGCGACUGUCUCGUGAGCAGCUCGAUGCUUUCACGCAGCUGCUCCUUCGCAACGAGCUGCCUGGUCCGAACCUGCUGGCUUGUCUGCGAAGUCUCGAGAAAGUUUACCUUGUAUCUGACCAGAGCGGGAAGUCUUCGGGCUGGUAUCAUGUUGAGCGCGAGGAAAGAAAGGAGCCAAAUCUAGUCCAGGCUCCGAAGGGGCGUACAUAAUGGGUGGGUUGGGUGGUAUGUAAUAGGUAGUGCAGGGGAUUUCCUUUAUUUGGUCGGAUUCCGACCAACACGGCCGUAAGAAGCACAUUUUCGCCGGUCUUGUUGUAGACGGACUGGAGAUGCAAUAUG